GGAUCACACCACUUUUCCCCAGAUAGCUAGCUAGAUAGAUAUGUUUACAUUUCCAUAAUUGAGACUGUUCUGGUUAUCAGUAUUGAGGAGCAGCCUGACAUAAAAUACUGUAACUUUCAGAUCGCUAGCUACAAUCUUAGAACAUUAGCUAACGUUAGUUAUCCGUGCCGUGGCUGAACUUCCCUGCUACCUUGCCGUACUCAUCCCAUUCUCCAGACAGACAGUGGGGCAGGAUGCUGGGUCUGUGGUGCAUGAGUGCCAAACUGGGCCUUCUCACUCUGGUGCUGUGCUGCACACUGGCUCCCUUACCUGCACAUGCAUACAUCUAUGCUCAUUACAGCAAUAUGACUAACAUGUUGUUUGAGGACCUGUCUGCCUUGUUUGGAUCAUCACUACCCAAAGAGGGACUUAUGGGUGUGUUAGUAGAGUCCCAUCCACUCAACGGCUGCACUCCGAUAAAACCUCCACCACCACGGCCCACAUCUAGUGAUUCCAACACUACCACUACUAAGUACAUAGUCCUCAUCCAACGCUAUGACUGCAAUUUUGAUAUCAAGGUACUGCAUGCACAGCAAGCGGGAUUCAGUGCAGCCAUCGUUCACAACAUGUACUCAGAGACUCUACUCAACAUGAACUACAGCAAUGAAACCAUUGCAGAGGAGAUUGAGAUCCCCUCAGUAUUCACCAGCUACUACGCCUCCCAAAUUCUCAGGACCUUCAUCAUUCCUGAACAAGGGGCCUAUGUGAUCCUCAAGCCGGAAUUUGCCUUUCCACUCUCGUAUUAUCUCAUCCCCUUCACCGGAGUGGUGGGCAUGAUCGUCCUUGUGACGGUUGUCUUCCUGAUUGUGCGCUGUGUGCAGUACAGGAAAAGGAUGAGGAAAAAUAGGCUGACCAGGGAACAACUUAAGAGGAUCCCCAUUCACAAGUUCACUAAAGGUGAUGAAUAUGAUGUUUGUGCUAUUUGUCUGGAUGAGUAUGAAGAGGGAGACAAACUGCGAGUUUUGCCUUGCUCACACGCGUACCACAGCAAGUGUGUGGACCCCUGGCUUACAGGGACUAAGAAAACUUGCCCCGUGUGCAAACAACGUGUAACCCGGCCCAAUCCGGAGUACUCUGAGUCCGAGUCUGAGAAUGAGAGGGCACGUGGUGGAGACGAAGAGGGGGGGGAGGGCGAAGCUGACACAGAGCGCACCCCUCUCCUCCGCCCCUCCAACCCAGGCUUCCCCUCUGGCAAUCCAGGGGCCUAUUCUGCCACUAUCACCACAGUAACCACAGCGCAGUGCCUAGCCUCUCCCACUCACUGCGACUCGCCCAUCCUGGAGUAUAAGGGCUACUACUCCCCUCAGGAGGUGUCAGACUCUGAUACUGAGGAGGGAGGGGUAGACUCCCACCCCUCAGACGAUGACACUGCCCAGCUCAUUGGUAGGGGCACAGUGGGUGUCUGAGAGCCUGGAGGUAGAUGAGAUUAAAUUACUUUCUGCUAGCUGAAAAGGGUCAGUCUUGUCCCCCAGUGUGGUUUUAUCACACAAAAAAGAUUAACUGGUUUAUGGAGCUGUGGCUAUGAAGUUGUCUCAGUCAUAGACUUUCUAGAACACUAUUGUCACUCAAUGUUGCUAGCUCUAAGAUGGUAAUAUAAAGCCAAGAUUCUGCUAGAUUUUAGCAGUCCUUUUUAAACCUGUCUUAAACAUGAGGCACACAUUAAGUACAGUGAAUCAGUUAAACAUUUUGCUUUAAGUCUUUGCCAGUGCACUCUAACCCCCCACCCCCCUCCUAAACUUUAUAUUUUCACAAAAUGAUGUGACUGCCAGGUAGUCUCAAUCUUAAAAGGUCAUUUCUAUAUUUUUCAACUUCAUAUUCUUAAUCUCAAGCACCACCCAACAUCAAUAUAUGUGAAAAUAGUGCGUUUCUAUGUUUUGUAGUAAAAAACAUUUUUUUCCCCAAUGACAUCGGUGUUUAUUGUGUGAUUUUAACCAAUUAUGAGUAGGCAUUGCCUACUAAUUGUCUACUAAUUGGUUGAUGAUGUCAUUGGAAACGCU